CCCCUCCUUCCUCCCGGGCUCCACACCUCUCGCGCUCGCCUUCGCUUCGUCGCCACGGCGAGCCCCACGCCGCCCCAGCCGCCGAUCGGGGCGCCGGCGCCGGCGCCCGAUCCGAUGGACGCGGAGGAGGAGCCCCCGAAGGCCCCGCAGCCGGAGCCCGCCGGAUCGGAGCCCGACGAUGCCCGCAGCACGCCUCCUCCUGCCCCUCCCCCGCCUCCACCGCCCGCUCCCACUCCAGCCCCCGCCCCGGUUGUUCCAGCCCCGGCCGCCGAAGCCGCUGCUGCGCCCCCCGCCCCCGUCUCCGCGGCCGUGUCCCCGCCUCCGGCUGCUGCGGCGGAGGCGAACGGCAACUCCGACAGGAAGAAGAAGAGGAAAACGGAGGAUGGGGAGGGGUGCAAGACGUGCAGCUGCAAGAAGUCCAAGUGCCUCAAGCUUUACUGUGUGUGCUUUGCUUCUGGGUCACAUUGUACUGAAUCAUGUGGAUGCGAACCUUGUCUUAACAAGCCAAUGCAAGGGGCUCCAAGGACUGCACUAGUUUUACCUCUGAAACCUGUCCAAACAUUGGAGACUGGUCAAGAUUCAAUGGAACAACUUAUAAGAUCCCCUAUGGAUCUUAUUAGAAGAAAAUGCACCUGCAAGAAGUCAGGCUGCCUAAAGAAGUACUGUGACUGCUUCCAGGGAGGGGCAGGAUGCUCCAUCAACUGUAAAUGUGAAGAUUGUAGAAAUCCGUUUGGGAGAAAAGUUGGCGUUAUUUUGGAUGGUAAAAGUGCUCUUGCUGCGCCUGUACUGAAUGAAAGAAAUGGGGCAGAAGUUGACUCGAGUGAUGACGAAGAUGAUUAUUACAUGAAUCGACAGCUCUCACCAAUCCCUCCAUCUCCAGUAUCCAGGGAGUCUUCAUUCCAACAGGAGACACUAGUCGGUGUCGAAGUCCAGACCAUGAACGGGCACCUCUACCCAAAACCACUGACUCAAGUGCGGCCUGAGCCGCCAUCCUGGCAGCUCUCCAGGAGACCAGUUGAGGAAGCGCGUGGAGAACAAUGGCGCUUCUCGAGGAGGCCCAGUGAGGAUGGAACCUCUGAUGCCAUGGAAGCACAUGCAAUGGCCCAGAGGGACAACAAGAAGCCGGAGAUCCAUGUGGACAGGUUCAGCAUCCCGCGGUGCAUCGAGGUGAUGAGUGCCAUGGCAGACCUCUCACCAAUUGAGAAGUCGCUGGCGCCCGACGUCUUCUUGGACCCGAGCAACCGGGAGAUCUUCCUCUCACUGAGUGUAGAUAUUAGGCCCAUAUGGCUGAGGCGCAAGAUGAAGAGCCUCGUUUAGCUAGAGAUAGCGUGAGAAAUUUUCGUCGGCUUAUACCUUAAUAAACCUGUGAUAUACUGCUGUAGAUAUGGAUGGCUUGAUGAUGAGUUAUGAACUGAUGUAUGUACCUGGCGCUAAGUUAUGGUGCAUGUUGCCACGUUAUAUUUGGAGCCCAGCCUAUUAUUAGAAUUAGCAGUAAGUUGAUUAU